AUUGCUUAUUCUGUCACGCGCACCCUGCUACUAUAUAUACCCCACCACUACCUAUUCUUCUCAAUUCGCUCUUGCUUUGUUUACAAGUCCUCCUUUCUCACAGCUAGGUGGUGGUGAUUAGUGUACAUAUAUAUAUGGUUGAAGUGGGUAUUUAUCAGAUCCCUACGAGCACUUUCGACCCAUUUGCGGAGGCAAAAGAAACAGAUGCUCCCGGGGCAAAAGAGUAUGUGCAUAUCCGCAUACAACAGAGGAAUGGGAAGAAGAGUCUGACCACAGUGCAAGGGCUGAAGAAAGAGUUCAGCUACGAGAAGAUCCUCAAAGACCUCAAGAAAGAGUUCUGCUGCAAUGGCAAUGUUGUGCAUGACAAGGAGCUUGGCAAGAUUAUCCAACUCCAGGGUGAUCAGCGCAAGAACGUUUCUCACUUCCUCAUUCAUGCUCGCCUUGUUAGGAAGGACCAGAUCAAGAUUCAUGGUUUUUAACCCACUACCACUAGCUACCACCUUUCUUCUAUUAUGAAAUUAAACCUAUGGCAGCGUUUAUGAAAUAAGUAAGGAGUUUGAGUUUGGAAUAUUUUGUCAUUUUCUUUCGUAUGAUUGAAAAUCCAAGAAUAGUCUCUGAGAGUGGUUAUAUAUAUUACUACUUCAUGUUGUGCUUUCA